CCAUAAAGAAGCGCAGAACGCGCAGCGCUGGAGCGAGGACCCAGGCACCCGGAGGCCAUGAGGCUGGGAUUCGUCUGGGCUCUGCUUUCUCUCCUGGCAGGGCACGGCUGGGCAGACACCCGCACCAUCGGGGCGGAGGAAUGCCGCCCCAACUCGCAGCCCUGGCAGGCUGGGCUCUUCUAUCUCACCCACCUCUUCUGCGGGGCGACCCUCAUCAGUGACCGCUGGCUGCUCACAGCCGCCCACUGUCGCAAGCGACACCUGUGGGUCCGCCUCGGGGAGCACCACCUCUGGAAAUGGGAGGGGCCAGAACAGUUGUUCCGGGCCACAGACUUCUUCCCCCACCCUGGGUUCAACCAGGACCUCAGUGCUCAAGAUCACAACGAUGACAUCAUGCUGAUCCGUCUGCCAAGGAAGGCAAAUCUGGGAUCCACCGUGCAGCCCCUCAACCUCAGCCAGACCUGCUUCUCCCCAGGCACCCAGUGCCUCAUCUCAGGCUGGGGGGCCGUGUCCAGUCCCAAGGUGCAGUACCCACUCACACUGCAGUGUGCCAACAUCAGCAUCCUGGAGCCCACACUCUGCCAUCAGGCAUAUCCGGGCCACAUCUCAGACAGCAUGCUCUGUGCCGGCCUGUGGGAGGGAGGCCGGGGCUCCUGCCAGGGUGACUCUGGGGGUCCCCUGGUUUGCAAUGGAACCCUGGCUGGUGUGGUGUCCGGGGGCUCCGAGCCCUGCUCCAGACCCCAGCGCCCCGCGGUCUACACUAGUGUAUGCCGCUACCUGGACUGGAUCCGAAAGACCAUGGAGGACAACUGAGUCCUAGAGCCUUGGACGACCAGGGGAGAGGGGGGGCGCAGAGGAGGAGGAUCUGCGAGGCUUCUUCCCCCCCCCCCCGCCCCCCUUGGCUUCAGCUGGCCUGGAGACACCUUCUGGAUAUUCAAGUUCCCAACUUCUGGAUAUUCAGACUCGCCCCCCCCCUCCACGUCCCCGCGAAGGAUAUAGCCACGCCCCCUUGUAAGGAGCCACCCCUCUCGGCUCCACUUCUGUGACGUCAACAGGAACUGGCACCACCCCUAUGGAACAGCAUCUCCUGUGGCGCUGCGCCAUUACGACCUUUCCUAAAUAGCUCCUCCCCUCCCGAGCUUUGCCCAGUGAGAUUUCCCCUCAGGACCCCACCCUUUGUGGCCCCGCCUCCUUCUUCGGAGAGCCCGCCCCGUGACGUCAUGGAAGAGAGGUCGGCCCCCCCCCCCGCCCCGCAGCUUGCACCUCCGCGGCGUUC